AUGUGUGCUUUGCUGUUGGCCGAUGAGAGUGGUCUUCCUCUAAGUCAAUUGGAACAGCGAGCCGCAAGCUCUCUUGGCCAUCCGUUGAGUCAGGCCGGGCAACAAAAAUUGUCCCAGGGGCAGCAGAUAUCUCUUCAGGCAGUUGUGGUUACUUCGCAGCAUCCUCUUAGCCCCACCACUGGAUUUUAUUAUUCGGAUGCUCCCAGCAGCACUUGUGUGAGAUCAGGGUAUGAUCAAAGUAGCAACCUGUUUUCAUAUUUUCAUUACUUAGCAAUGACCUAUUUAUCUUAA